AGUGAUGCUUAAAAAACAAUUGGAGAAUAACAAACAAUGCACGUUGCUCAGGAUAGUUUAUGAAGUUUUUGAAGUUGACGCAUCUUAAUAGAGAAAACAAAGAUGUCAAAUUUUGAAGGUGAUGGCGUAGCGUACUGUGUACCGAACGGACAGAUGUUCCAGAGGGCGUAUGUUAAGAUCCACGGCUACAUCGCGCUUAUAAUCUGUCUGCUGGGCUGUGCAGCCAACUCAGUGAACAUUGCUGUACUCAGUCGAAAAGAGAUGAUUUCGUCAACGAAUUCCAUCCUCACGGGGCUCGCGGUCGCCGACCUGCUCGUCAUGAUCGACUACAUUCCCUUCGCCUUACACAUCUACACUAAUAUAUGCGCACAACUCAAUAAGGAUACGUAUGCGUGGGCCGUCUUCGUCUAUUUCCACUCAAUAUUCAGUCAAACAUUUCAUACAAUAUCUAUUUGGUUGACUAUCACGCUCGCAGUUUGGAGGUUCAUCGCAAUAAAAUUCCCACAAAAAAAUAGAACGUUGUGUAACAAGAAAAACACGAAUAUAGCUAUAGCAGUGGCGUAUGCCGUGUGUCCAAUAUUGUGUUUACCGAUAUAUUUCGCUAUGAAAAUUCAAGAAAUUACUCCAUCUUCGAGAAAUGGUCAUGAGAAUGGAACGUUGAACGAUACCGACGUCAGAAACACAUCGACGAGCUCCGAACCUGUGUACGCCAUCGUGAUGACUGAUAAUAACGAUCUGCUCACAGCUAUAUUUUGGAUAUACAGCGUGUUUAUAAAACUUAUACCAUGUGUAGUGUUAUCAAUUUUAAGUGUAUUACUAAUAUUGAAAAUGAAAUCGAGUGAUAGAAGAAGACAGAAGCUAUUAAAAAAGUCUGCGAUCACUACAAACGAGGGAGAGAAGGCUCGCCUCAACGAUGAUGGUGGGAAGAGAGGUGGCGGUGGCCGGACGGACCGCACGACGCGGAUGCUGGUGGCCCUUCUGGGCCUAUUCCUCGCCACAGAACUACCGCAGGCCCUUUUCGGUCUUCUCACAGCCAUUGCUCCGCAUCUCUUCCAAGUGUGUUAUUAUGCUUUUGGCGAGGUGAUGGAUUUGAUGGCACUGGUGGGGUCUGCUGUGAACUUCGUGCUGUACUGCAGCAUGAGUCGUCAGUUCCGGUCCACCUUCACGAGGCUGGCGCAGAAGGCUCUGCCUAUCGGCCGGGGGCGCGGGGAGCCCAUCACUUCUCUGAAAGCGUAGCGAUCCCGCAACGCGACCGAGUCGGUCGCGCACCUUUGAAUUAUUCACAAGGUAUCAAUUCACUGCUAAGACGAUCACUCAAAACUUAAUGUUUUCAGCUUUGAAACGCGACUCAUUGAAUCUUAAACUCGAAAGUCCUUUAAUAACGAUCGUUCAAAUAACGCAAUGAAUAACAUUAGACAAGUAACGGUUUAUCGAGACUUUAUUGAAAGUGAAUAGAAUUUAAAUAAACAUUACUGGUCGUUUUUUAAUUUUGUAAGUAGAAGUUAAAGCGGUGCUUACUGUUCAAUAUGUAUUAGUAAUUAGGGACUAGGGAUUAACGCUAUGAACCAAAUCGUUAAUUAAAAUGUUGUUAUUAAUGUGAAUAAUUAAUUAUAAGAUUUAAUGUAAAAUUGUAGUAUCUAGUGUAGUCUGACAAGUACUUAAUUACUGUAAUCUGUUUUAUCAAGUGCAUAAAAUCUUGUUUCAUUUAUAAAAUCGACUCUUAAAAAUCGAAGGAUACUUUUACUAGAAAGUUAGCAGAUAUGACGCUUGACACUUACAGUUUUCUAUUUUUAAAAUAUAUUUUAGUUUGGUCUAGAGUGUCUAGACUCGAGACGACACUUGUUGAAAACGAAUACUUUACGACUGAACGGUUAAAUAUUAACAAUGUAUAAAGCUUUGGAACAAUCAGUAAUGUGUAUUUUAUGGAUGUAUCAAUUAUUAGCUGUUAGGAAUCUUGGUGUCUUAAUAUUACAUGUAAAAAUGUGUAUUUGUACAUAUAAGUGUAUAUUUGCUAACUUCACUUCUAAGAAACUUUUUAACAGUGUGGCUUUAUUCACAGUCAAGUUUAAAAUAAAGAAUUGAAAGAGGGUUA